UGAAGCUCAACAUUUGGCAUUUUCAAUACAAACCUUGGAGCUUCAACAACAACAAUACAACAACAACAAAACUUUUAGUUUGUUUCUAUACAAAAUUUUAAUUUGUAUUUCUUCCUUCCACCCGCUCUGGUACGUGUAGGCGCGCAUCCUUCAAUAGAUAUCAAUUGGAAUUACCAUGUCAACGAUCCGUAGCAUGGUCAGUUUGCAGCAUGUCAGUGUUCGUGAUCCAGGACUUAAUCAGAGGCGACGUAAUCUAGUAUAUUUGCCGCCACGACGCCGUCCAUUUCAAUUGCAGUAUUCAAAGGAUAAUGCAUCAGCCGAAUCCAAGCGUCCGCCUCGAUUGUUGAUCAAGAAUUUCCUGAGUAUACGGAAUUUGGAAGAGCGUUCCAUAUUACCAGUGCCGCGUCAUUUGUGGGAACGAAUUAUGACUGUCUCGCAACCGAUAUUCCAGCCACAUCGUACUCUGCUGGAUGAUCGCAAUCGUUGGACGGACUUUAUGCAGCCAUUGGUCAAUGAUGAUGAAUGCAAGCGUCUACGAGCUGAAGUCCGUCGGCGCGAGUGGGAGGUACCCGAGCCUGAUCUGGAUGUACAUUGCGGCUUGGGCAUGAAUUUUUAGACAUCAUUAGCAAGUGAAGUGCCAUCCUGAUGCAUUGCACUUGCUGACAGGUGUCUUCUCUGUAUAAGAUUUGAUCAAUUAUUUGAUCGGUAAUACGAAAUUAUCACUCAUGUUCAAAUUCAGGCAAUCUAUGUCAGACUGUUUAUUUAAUAGACCUAACCAUAAAAUCAA